AUGAUGUCUCCAUUGGUAUUAAUAUUGACAGUGGUUGCGGUGCUUUUUGGGGGCCCAGACCCUGUCAUCGGCCAGAUCACCUCGGGUCUGCAGAGCAUUCUGAAGAACACACAUCACAGCAAGGAAUACGGGUAUCCGACUGAUAUUACGAGGGAUCUACUGCCAAUUCCGGUUCAUUCUCAUAAUGACUAUUGGAGGGAGAGGCCUUUCUAUACCGGUCUAUCAAAAGGCUGCACUUCAACUGAAGCUGAUGUCUGGCUUUACAACGGAACCCUAUUUGUCGGGCACGAUCAAUCUGCCUUGACCCAUGAGCGGACACUCGAAUCCCUCUAUAUCAACCCGAUUCUCGACAUCCUAGAACGACAGAACCCAAAGAGCCCAUUUGUCACAUCACCUACCAGGAAUGGGGUUUGGGAUACAACGCCAGACCAGACACUGUACUUCUUCAUCGACGUCAAAACGUCCGGCCAUGAGACAUUCCAAGCCGUCAUCGAGGCCUUAGAACCUCUCCGUAUAAAGGGGUAUCUAACUACCCUGCAGGGUGGUAAGACCUUGACCAACGGACCAGUUACUAUCAUCGGUACUGGGGAUACCCCACUAGAUAUGGUCGCCCCCGUUGCGAACCGGGACUAUUUCUUUGAUGCACCCCUAGCACAUCUCAAUGAUGCUAAGUACUCUGAUAUCACCGGUCUGGUGUCUCCCAUCGCGUCGACCAAUUUCGAAGAAGCCGUUGGCAAGAUCACCAGGGAUACAGACCCAAUCCUGAACGAUGAUCAGCUCAAGGCUCUUCGGGAUCAGAUUGCUACCGCGAAGAAGCGGGGAAUCGGUGCGAGGUAUUGGAACACACCGUCUUGGCCGGUUCGCCAGCGAAAUCUUGUUUGGAGGACACUUUUCCGCGAAGGGGUGGCCCUCUUGAAUGCCGAUGAUCUUGAUGCUGUGAUUGCGGAAUUCUAG